CCAAUUUCAACCCUUCCUCUUUCUCUCUCUCUCUCUCUCUAACAUAAAUUAAGCAUUCAAUUUGAAGCCUCUGUUCUCUUCAUCUUCCUCGCCAUUCUUUUCUAAAGAUUUUGUGAAUAUUAUUUAUACAGAACCAGAGGCGAAUCCUAGAGAGAGAAAGAGAGGAAGACGAAGAGAGAGAGAGAGAGGGAGAGAGAGAAUUAUGGAUGUUGUUUGGUUACGUAGUUAUGGAGGAUUGAUAUUGAUCUUCUGCUUGUUCUGUAAUUCCGUUGCAAAUGCUUCUUUGAAUGUCACCUCAAUCCGUUUCAAUGAAGGCUAUUCGCCUCUCUUCGGCGACGGAAACCUCGUCCGCUCCCCUGACGGCAAAUCCGUCCGCCUCCUCCUCGACCGCUUCACCGGCUCCGGAUUCAUCUCGUCGAAGAUGUAUAAUCAUGGAUUUUUCAGCGCCAGAAUCAAAUUGCCGUCGGAUUACACAGCCGGCAUCGUUGUAGCCUUCUAUACCUCAAACGCUGACGUAUUCGAGAAGAAUCACGACGAGUUAGACUUCGAGUUCUUGGGGAACAUUGAGGGAAAGCCAUGGAGGUUUCAGACGAAUCUGUACGGAAACGGAAGCACGAACCGCGGCCGGGAGGAGCGGUACCGCCUCUGGUUCGACCCGACCAAGGAGUUCCACAGAUACAGCAUUCUUUGGACCGCUCACAAUAUUAUAUUUUACAUUGAUGAAGUUCCCAUUAGAGAAGUGGUGAGAAAUGAAGCAAUGGGAGGAGAUUACCCUUCAAAGCCAAUGUCUUUGUACGCCACAAUUUGGGAUGCCAGCAGUUGGGCAACCUCAGGUGGCAAAUACAAAGUCAACUAUAAAUAUGCACCCUUUGUUUCUGAAUUCAAGGACCUUGUUUUGGAGGGCUGCGCCGCCGAUCCCAUCCAGGAGGUUCUAGAAGCUGUCGACUGCUCCGAGCACAACGCCCGCCUCGACGCCAAAGACUUCGCCACCGUAACACCUGCGCGCCGUGCUGCAAUGCGCAACUUCCGCCAGCAUUUUAUGUACUAUUCAUACUGUUACGAUACGUUGCGGUAUCCAGUCCCGCCACCGGAAUGUGUCAUUAGUCCGACCGAGCAGCGGCGUUUCAAGGACACCGGAAGGCUGAAGUUCGGUGGUAGCCAUCGCCGCCGCUCGAGGCGGCGUGGCAGGAACAACCCAAGUGUUUCCUUGUCUGACCAGUCUAGUAUGUAAUGUGUUUCCACACAUAUUUCUAUAGAUGAAAAUAUAUAUUCUUUUACUUUGUUUCUGAACUUUGUGUAUGUUAUGUAUGUCCAGUAAUGCAAUAAAUAUGAUCUAUUGGUUUAAUUUUUAA